AUGAGAAGUCAAAGUAAACUUUCUGUCCCUGAGUCAGAUUUGGUUUCCACGCGUUCGGCUCGUGUUCGUUCGCCGCCACCGACUGGAGACGAGCAAAGUACUGCAGCUGUGACAAGGACAGUCAGCGCCCUCGAGUGGGAUGAUGUCUCAACCGCUAGGGUUGCUCCAAGCGAAGAAAACUUAUUGGCUAGCAGUAAUAGUCCUGCUUUGGUUGCUAAUCCAGUCGGAACUGUGGUGCCUGAAUUGCCUGCGAAUAAUGACGAUAUCCCAACGGCAAUAGAAGCUGAUAAAUGAAGGAAGUAUAUAUUCAUAAACGAUAAUCUAAAAAGAAUAACACCAUUUAUUGUAAUAAAAUCUUGUUGUAAUAAUGUAUUAUGUAUUUUCCUGUCUUUCUUGAAUGGGUCAUUCGAGUAAAUUAUUUAUUGGAGUGUUUUUGUUUGUUCUAAAUAAAAAAUAUAUUUUUUGUAAUUGAAUUUUUUUGAUGAAAUUAAAAUUAAGAGUGCUUGUUAAAAAUUGAUAGUUUAAGGAUUUAAGAAUUUCUUUGAAAGUAUUGUUGAGUGUA